AGCUUCUAAAAUUUCAUCUCACAUCAAACAAACACAAAGCGCGUUACGCGCCAACAUAAUUCAAGAGAACAAGAAGACCCAUCUCACAAAACAAAAGCCAUUCUCCAAUUUUCAUCUGCAAUCCCUUCACUAUUCCCAAAUCACCAUGAAACCCUUCUCCUCCUACUCAACUUCAACCACCGUCACCUACACCUACCACAAUGACCACACUACCCCUCCUCAACACCCCAAUUCCACUCAACUCCCUACUCCCCAAUCCACCGCCGCCACCGCCAUCCAAUCCACAUACCGCGCCCACAGGAUCCGCACCCUGUACUGGAAAAUCGCCGCCGUCGACUCCGAAGCCGAUCAGCUACAGCGCCUGAUCCAACGCCAGGACACGGUGGACGCCGUGCGCGCCAACCAAUUAGAGAAGCUGAGAAUGAACGAGGCGCUGAUGGCUCUGCUGCUGAAGCUCGAUUCAGUCCCCGGGAUUGAUCCAACGGUGCGGGAAGCCCGGAGGAAAGUGACCCGCCGGAUCGUGGGGUUGCAGGAGAUUCUGGACUCUGUUUCGGAAGCUAAGGUUGAUGAAUGGUCUUUGAAUAAUUGGGAUCAAGUCAUGGAAGAAAUGGAAGAGAGUGUUUGUAGAGAGAGAGGUGGUGAUGAAAUGGAAAGGUUUUGUGCUGAAAAUCUCGGGUUUCGGUGUCUACAAAGGUUUCUUCGUGAACCCUGAUCUCAUACAAUACUUACUCUGUUAUCAAUAUGAAUGUGCUAUACUAUAAUUGCAUAGUUGUAAUCUCUAAUUUGUACCUAGUUAUAGAAAUUAUGAUAGCUUUUGUUAGUUAAAACAGUUGAAAAUUUCAAAUUAUUACUAAGGAACAUGUUGAUGAUGAAGAUUUCAGAA